UGACGUAUUAUUUGUGAGACGUUUUCCAGAGAAGAUACUAGCCUCAGCCGCAGAAGACAUCUAAAUUCUCGUAAUAAUCGCCCUUUAUUACUUCAGGUAACUAUAAUCUUUAGGUAUUGAAAGCAACCCAACAAUUUUUCACAGAGAGAGAAGUGGAGGAUGUCUGUAGCAGCUCUCCGUGUGAUCCACUGCAGAAGAUUGAGCACAGCUGGGCCUCAUGGUGUGAAUAAAGUGCUUCAGUGGAAUCAUUUAAGAAAAAUAGCCAAAGUUACUGGCGCAGUUGUGUUUGGGGGUUGUUUAUUUAUUACUUAUGAAGUAGUCGCCUUAGAUAAGGCUGUGACCAUCGACACCAGUGCAAUUCUUCAAGAAAAAUACAAAUCCUACGUUUAUCUCAGAGCCACUCCCUCUGCUGAACAGGAUCAUCUAUCUGCAGAGUUCACACAAAAAACAAGAAAAGAACUUCACAGAGCAGCCAGAAGGUUUCUGGAGUUAUCCUCUAAGCUUCUUCUAAAGUCAUUAGAUGCUGCCAAGGUAACAGGGCAAAGCUUUCUGCUCCAAGAGCACUUUAGUCACGUUGAUGCAGACCCACAUGAAGUUGGGUUAUGGGUUCUGCUUAAGAAGGCCCAAUCUCCUAACAAAGCUGUCAGACUUCAGGCUGUCCAGGAGCUUGCAGAAAAUCCCCACUGGCAAGAUUACCAGUAUCAGACAGCAGCUCAGGUCAUCGAUCAGCGGACAGUAGUUGGUCUGGCUCGAACUCCUCAAGUGGACCUGCGAUUCUUCCGACAGCCGCCUGCACUGCCUAAUUUAGAGGAUGGUAUGUCAGCAGAGGAUGCUCUACGGCAGCUCUUAGCGUCUCUGCCUCUGUCUGAAGUCGACAGAUGUGUGCAGUACUUCACCUCUCUGGCGCUUAGGGAGAGUAGUCAGUCUAUGGCAGCACAAAGGGGUGGACUGUGGUGUUUCGGGGGUAAUGGGCUUCCUUAUGCCCAGAGCCUCACUUCUGUUCCCUCAGAAAAAGUGGAGUCCUUCUGCCUGCAAGCACUUGUGCAGCACUCAAAGGUACAGAGUCACUGUGACCACAUAGUUGCAAAUGGAGGUCUGCAGAUUCUUCAGAGACUUUAUCAGCUCAGAAAGGAAUCCCAAAAGAUUCAGAGGAACAUUGUUCGUAUCAUAGGAAACCUGGCGCUAAACGAAGGGAUUCACCAGGCCAUAGUCCAGUCCGGUUGGGUUUCUGUCCUGGCCGAGAUGUUGCAGUCUCCUCAUGCAAUUCAGGCGUCUCAUGCGGCUCGAGCUUUGGCCAACCUGGACAGGGAGACGUUGAGGGAGAAAUACCAAGAUGGCAUCUACAUCCUCCACCCACAAACGCGUGGCAACCAACCUAUCAAAGCAGAUGUGCUGUUCAUCCAUGGGAUUCUAGGAGCAGCUUUUAAAACAUGGAGGCAGAGGGACCGCAACACACCGGGAGAAGAAAAUGAAGCGGAAGAUCUAGAUUAUUACACAGAGUGCUGGCCAAAGUCUUGGCUGGCAGCUGACUGUCCAAACCUGAGAGUACUGUCUGUGGAGUAUGACAGUCAUCUUAGCGACUGGAUGGCUAAGUGUCCCGCUGAGAAUCAAAGGAAGUCAUUGGCAUACAGAAGCCGGGAGCUGCUAAAUAAAUUAAAGCUUGCAGGAGUUGGAGAGAGACCUGUGGUCUGGGUGGCUCAUAGUAUGGGAGGCCUGCUUGUGAAGAAAAUGCUGCUGGAUGCAGCUGAUGACCCAGAUCUGCAGGGAUUAUUAAAGAACACUAAGGGAGUUUUGUUCUAUAGUGUUCCUCACCAUGGCACCUUCAUGGCAGAGUACUCUGUCAAUGUCAGAUACCUCCUUUUUCCCUCUAUAGAAGUCAGGGAACUUUGUAGGGACUCACCAGCCCUCCACUGUCUGAAUGAAGGCUUCCUUAAUUUUGCCAAAGAAAAUGAAAUCAAGGUGCUGAGCUUUGCAGAGACCCGGCCCACCAUCAUCGGCCCCAUGAUCAAGAUUCUGGUGGUACCAAAGCAGUCAGCAGACCUCGGCCUUGGGGAGCUUAUUGAGGUGGAUGUUGAUCACCUCAACAUUUGCAAGCCAGAGAAGAAGGACUCGUUUCUAUACAGACGCAGUCUGCAGUUCAUCCAAGAAGCACUGCAGCGUUUCAUCAGCCAGUGACUCAAAUACAUAAGCACAAAAAAAAAAAUGCAGCCCAGUAUGCACUUAAAACUGACCCUCCACCCUUAAACCUAAAACGCCUUUCCUCCUUAUGGCACAUUAACAUAGGCAUCUGCCAAUCACUAAUGUGAGAAGUGAAAUUAAACCUUUUUUUACCCAUUGAUGUCUGAAAAAACCUGACCUGUGCUAAAUAAGUUGGAAUUAUUUUAUGUGUUUAUUUUAUGUAAAUUGGACACAUUCUGAUGGGUUUAAUUUUUACAAGACUCCAUUACUUUGUUUACAACUAAGCUCAUUCUUGCACCUGCAGCAAAUUAUUCUAAGCUCUAAUAAUACAUCUCAGUGAUUGGGACCAGAAUAUUGAUUUUAAAUGUAUUUUUAUAUUUAUAUAUUGUACAGAUUUUGUGCCAAAAUGUGCUCCCUUCUGAGCCGGACUCCAGGAGGCCCUGAGCUAUCAGAUCGGCUCUCCUGGUGUUUUUGAAGUCUAUUCAAGUUGGAUUUGUGGCACAAAAACUACUAUAAAAAACAGAUUAAUGACAAUAAAUGUUAGAAAUGAGUGAAGCUGGA